AUGGCAAAUUCUGCAUGGCAGAUAAUGUUCCUGAAGAAUGAGGAAAAAAUGGCCGCCAUGCCUGUCGCCGAAGCCCAUCAACUGGGUUACGAGCUGAGUGCCACUCCGAAAAGGGUUGUUUUCCGCUGUCCCUACAGACAAAACCAUUCGGAAAUCGUAAUGGUGGGUAUUUCAAGAAAUGCUAUGCGUUUCAGUACUCUGACACGGCUUCCUCUUCUCAUGUCCUUUCCUUCGUCUGCGCUGAUCUGAAAAAUAUAUGGUGGAAGCCCUCGAGAUGCUUGCUCUUAUAGCAGUGUAUUAUUCCCAAUCAGUGCAGAUGAAGGAAAGAUGAGGAAAAGCAAGAAACGUUGAACUACUAAAAUAGAAGUCAUUUUAAGGCCUAAAACUGGCAGGACCUUUUCCCAACCACAUUGUCUUUCUCCUCUCAGGUUGCCGGUGUUGCGGUGGAGGUCAUUCAUGGGACAGUGUUCUUCCGUCAGAAAAUGAUGGUGGUCAUGAUUGACAUAUCUGUGGCCUGCACCAUAAGUACAUUAAUUUCUACUCCCCUAUAUCGCUAAAGAAUGGUCUUUAAGAAUGCCAUUAGCUGCAGCAGACUUUUGAUAACGCCAUGCAAAUGUUUAUAUUCAAAGAUGAUGCAAGUAAUAAUUCAAGACAACUGUAGAUUAAUAAUUUCUGAAUUCUUUAGAUAAGCCAUGAAUUGUGCAUCAACAACCAGGUUUCCAGACAACCUUUUUAUAUAAUGCAAGUAAAGUACAUCUAGGGUAAAAAAAUGUAAUGACAGGCCUGAUGGAAACUGAACAUUUUUCGUUGAACUUUCCAUAUGUUGACAAAACAAAAUACGCUAGACAAGGCGGGAUCUUUUUGUCGGAAUGAAUUAUGUGAGAAAUGUCAAACUCUUUUAGGCACAAAUAUUGAUAGAAUAACCAUAUUGAAAACGUGUCAGGUGAUGGCAUGUUGUGUGGUCCUCCCACUACAACUCAUCGGGUAAGCACACAGUUUAUUAGGCUACUUAUGAAAUAAAUGAACUUCACAGGGUGUUGAAAGUAUAAGGUGGUGAGCUUGACGCUCCUUUCCAAUAAAUAUCGAGGGUCUUAUUCUGGUGACAUGAUAAUUGACGCUUGGCUUCCGUUUGACAAAUAAUUAGUCGCUCUUUUGAUUAUGAUAUUAAUAGUAUUCAUGUAGGCUAUACGUGUGCUCUAGCCAACAGCAGCAUCUGCGCGCUUUGGCUAGAGCGAACGUGCCAAUACCAGAGUGGGCAUGCUCUCUUUAUAACACAUUUUUCUUUUGAGAACCAUUAGUUGAAAAUGCAAUGGAAACCCAUUUAACUUGUUUUUUUAUUCAGUACAUGGGGAUUUAACUGCAAAGGGUAUUUUUAUAUGAACUAUGUCAUCACGCACAGCCUUACAUCUGCAACAAAUCAAUUUGCUGGAAAAAUCUCUGGAGAAAUGGGCAUAUUGUUUUAUGCAGAUUUUAGAAUAUUCGUAUGAAAAUCUGUUGCCAAUUGGAUGGAAACAUAGCUGCUGUAAAUACAAUCAAUCAUCCACUGCUUCUUGAAAGGCAGAAGGUAUGGGCAUUUGAAAGAAAUUAUGUUGUAAUCUCUGAACUAUUUCAAUUAGCCUACUCGAGUACUUGCAUGUUUAAAGUAAUCUACCUACUGUGAGCACGUAGUGGCAUUUGAAAAUAGAGUACUCAUUCAGUGAUCAUGUACAAACCUUCAAUCGAGUACUUGUGCUCAUCCCUACACUGUUAACCAGGGUUAUUAAAAUCUGAGCCUGGAGGUCCGGACUAGGCCUACUACUGGUUCCGUUCUACCUGAUAAUGAAACUCUAAAUCCGUCUCUGUGUCUACCAUUCUAAAGGCUUUUGUAUUGCUUUCUCGCUCUCAGACCCAGGAUACUUUGACGGGGCCAGGCUACUCUGGGACACCCCCAGGAUCAUGACCCCCUUGGUUCACAGCGGCGUUGGCUUUGAGAGCAAGCAGAUCAACGUGGGUGUGGAGAGCCAACUGCUGGAUGAGGGCACGGCGAGGGCCAGGGGCUACACUCUAGAAGUCAACGGGCUCAUGGUACAGAUGGGUAUCCCCUUUGGUGCCAAAGGAGGAUAUAGGAAGGUAAAGGCCACUGUGGACUUUAGCUCGAUCUGGGUUCAGCUUAGCCUGGGUGACAGUCUGCUUUCUUGACAAUUCCAUAAGGAGUUGCCAUGCCAAACAUAGCUUGACAAUGGAGUAGGCAAAAGCACAAACUGAUCUGGGACCAGGCUAGAUUCAAUUGGUGCAGUGUUUUCAAACUGCGGCCCCAGCGAGCUACUGGGUGUGAAGGCUUUUUUUUCUCCAGCCCAGCACUAGGCUAAUGCCUGUUUAAAGGUCCAUUGCUGAUGUUUUUAUCGCAAUAUCAAACAAUUUCUUGGUAACAAUUUAAGUACAUUUUUGUGAUUUAAAGAAACAAAUGGCUUCUUAGCAAAGGGCAAUCUUUCAAGAAAUCAUUUUGCUAGUACUGUGUGGGAGUGGUCUGAGUGGGGAGGGGAAAUCUGAAAAUUGGCUAUUAUUGGCAGAGGUUUGGAAAAAAUUGUUAUUGGUCUAAGUAAUUUACCGCAUGGUGACGUCACCAUGGAAGGCAAAAAUUCAUCCCACCAAAACAAGCUGAAACUUAUCAAACAGCUCUUGCACUAAAGGGCAUUAUAAUUGUUAUAUUUCAUAUAAAACACAGGAAAAUCUAGUUUGUCUGCACUGGGCCUUUAAAUAAAUCAACUAGGCCUAAUCUUUCAUCUGGACCACAAUUGAGCAAGUAUUUUUGUGCUUGGCUGAAACAAGCCUACACCAAGUAGCUCUCUGGGACUGGAGUUGGGAGACCUGAUCUAUAGUGAACAAAAAUAAAUGCAACAAUUUCAAUGACUUUUACGGAGUUACAAUCCGUAAAUUGAAACGCAUUCAUUAGGCGCUAAUCUAUGGAUUUCACAUGACUGGGCAGGGCUGCUGACCUGGGAGGGCAUAGGCCCACCCACUGGGGAGCCAGGCCCAGCCAAUCAGAAUGAGAUUUUCCCCACAAAAGGGCUUUAUUACAGACAAAUACUCCAUCAGCUGUCAGGGUGGCUGGUCUCUGAUGAUCCUGCAUGUGAAGAAGCCGGAUGUGGAGGUCCUGGGCUGGCGUGGUUACGCGUGGUCUGCAGUUGUGAGGCUGGUUGGACAUACUGCUAAAUUCUUUAAAAUGACGUUGGAGGCGGUUUAUGGUGAAGAAAUUAACAUUACAUUCUCUGGGAACAGCUCUGGUGGACAUUGCUGCAGUCAGCAUGCCAAUUGCACGCUCCCUCAAAAUGUACACAUCUGUGGCGUUGUGUGACAACUGCACGAGUGGCCUUUUAUUGUAUCAGCACAAGGUGCACCUAUGUAAUGAUCAUGCUGUUUAAUCAGCUUCUUGAUAUGCCACACCUGUCAGGUGGAUGGAUUAUCUUGGCAAAGGAGAAAUGCUCACUAACAGGGAUGUAAACAAAUGUGUACACAAACGAGAAAUAAGCUUUGUGCAUAUGGAACAUUUCUAGGAUCUCUUUAUUUCCGCUCAUGAAACAUGGGACCAACACUUUACAUGUUGCGUUUUUAUAUUUUUGUUCAGUAUAAUAUAUUCAUAGGAUAACGUUUACCUAGUGUGCGUUUUUUAAAUGAAUUAUUUAACUAGAUCGUUGCUCAUUCACGACAGCUUGAAGUGUAAGUUAACACAGUAAAUUGUGUAUUUUUAGAGUUUGGUGACAAACAAUAUCUACCGGGAGAUGUACGUGGCUUUCCUGUUCUAUGAGCAUGUGUUCUCUCAUGUCUACACUGAUGGUAGCACUGUUGAAACGAGACACCGGCUGCUCAGGGUAGUGGACACUCCAUUGCUGUGCCGGCACCCCUUCACUGUUGAUGUCGAUGCCCUUUCUCCAUACCACAGUAUGUUCAUCCUUUUCGCACAUAAACAUAUAGUUACAAUGACUGAGGUGUCAUUUCCAAUGUGCUUUGUGGCAUUGCUGAGUUCUUGUUAAUCCUGGUUACUUGGCUACUUAACUAUUUCCUCCCAUUACUCCUCCAGAGACCAGCGUUGAAGAACAUGCGUUCAACGUGUACUUGGGGAACAUUCCUCACGACGUGGCUCUGAUUGAAGUGAAGUUGAAUGAAAAGCAGUUCUCUGUAUCUGACGCUGCAGAACAUGGUUACACCAUCAGUAAGGUCGCCCAUGCCAAUGGCACUCAUGCCUAUACUCUCAGGGUUCCUUUUGACGACAAGGCUGUUUAUAGGACAGUGAGUACAUUUUAGAUCAAACACAUUUCCAUAAAUUGAGCUUAUAGUCAUGAAUUCCAACUUUUGAAAUAAUGAGAUUUCAAAAAAUUUAUUUUUUUCUCAAUAGUACUUAGGUGAGGGGCUCCUCCAGUACUCCAUGGACAUAAACUACACGUUAAGCAUCAUGCCCCAGGAAGAGGCUUACUACCAUCUAGCCUCUGUUGUGGAACAGCUCAGCGACGCAUGUAAGUCUUUAUAUUUUACUUCAAGCAUAACAUUUUACUUUAACAAGGUCUUCAAAGUAACUUGCUUUUAAAAAAUCUGCAUUUUCCCCCUCAGUCCCUCCUGAGCUGAAAGGGGUUUGCACAGGAAGAGGAAUUGUCUUUGACAUGAACCAGCCAAGACUGGGAUACCUGUGGGAGAUCGGGGUCGGGCAUGACCCUCUAACACCGGAGCUGGUGGCUGAAAGAGGGUACAACCUGCGAAACGAAAGCCAUAGUUUGACCUUGGAGGUGCCACUGUUCACUGUUGGCUACACUUAUGAGGUACAGUAUGUUGUCAAUUCUAAAGCGCUGUUUCUCAAUGCAUUCCUGGGGGGACCCCCAAGCGGCACACAUUUUUGGUCUAGCCCAGCACUAAAACACAACUGAUUCAGGUAUUUGCCAAGCCUGUAAUUAGCUGUAUCUGUGUUGAUGGUGGUCUAGAACAAAAAUGUGCACCCCCUUUGGGCUCCCUAAAGAAUGGAUUGAGACGCUGAUCUAAGGCAGCGGUUCCCAAACUUUUUGGCUCACGCCCCCCUUAUCCAUUUGGGUCACAGCUUGUGUCCCCCGACGCACUCACGUGUUCAUAUUUAAAUGUCCAUUUAUAUAUUUGAAAUCGCUGUACAAUGAUGUAUACACAGAUAUAUUUGUUUGCAUUUCACUUCAUACUUUUAUUUGGUCAUUCACAUGGGUAAUUACCAGAAUCUCUGUACACCUAUUCUCAAAUCCAUACAGACAUAUUUGUUUGAAUUUUAUUUGGCCAUAAACAUGGGUAAUUACCAGAAUCUCUCUAGACAUAAACCUGUUCUUAAUCAAUCUAUACUCACUCGAAUUAAUGAGAUUGAGCCUGAUGCUGGGAACACAGCAUUUUGUAUUCUGGGCUUUAUGCUUGACACCGAUUUUAAAAGUAGUUCAUCUUCCACUCGUGUGAGUCAUAACCAUUUGUUUUAAUAUAUGUAAGUGUGGAAAAAGUAGUUUCACCGAUGGGUCGACGCAAAAGCAAUCAGUUUAUCCAAUGACAUUUCAGAUAAUCCCUGUUAUUUUCCUGCGAUUGACAGCCAAAAUUCAACCAGCGGGGUUGUGGCAAAGGCUGCACGCAAGGUCCUGUCACUGGAUAGUUCCAGGAAUGACUACUGUAGCUCCGAUGACAGAUAGCUGCCAGCGGUGGUGGCAAUGAACGGUUAUUGGCUCCAGUCGUGGUUUUCGUGUCUCCUCUUGAAAGUACUCCUGAAAUGUCCAAUAAGUCCUCGGAGUUGAUGAGUGAUCCUUGCUUUUUGUUGCGUCAUCCAGGUGCAGUUCAUUCUCCUCAAUCUGAGACCAGUGAACAUCUCCACACUCCCCCCACCCCAUGCCAAGCGCUCCAGCUUCUUUACAAACCCCCCAACUUUGUUGGCCAAUGACAUAAUGUUGGUAUUGGGGCCUUGCAGUGACAUCUUAAGUCCAUUCAGUCUAUCAAAAAUGUCUGCCAGGUUUGCCAGCCAUUUAGGAUCACCGGCAUUCUGCAUUGGGCGACUCUGUAUCCAGUAUGAAUAGGCACACUUCAUCUCUCAUUUCAAGUAGACGCAGCAGCACUUUACCUCACAACAACCACCUGACCUCAGUAUGCAACAGUAGCGAUUCGUGCUCAGAUCCCAUUUCUUUGCACAGGACAGCAUAUGUCUGGUAUACAUGGGGCGUGCCUUUAUGAAGUUCACCAUUUUUAUUGCUGUUUGAAGCAUGCUACUAAGCUCAUUUUCAAGGGCCUUGGAAGAAAGAGCUUCCCUGUGUAUAACACAAUGAGGGAAUACUAUGUUUGGCACAACGGCGUGUACCUUUGCAUUCAGACCCUUAUGUUUACCCAUCAUAGUACCAGCCCCAUCUGUACACACACCCACACAAUUCUCCCAACACAGCCCCUCGUCCCGCAUCUUUUCAUCAAGUUUGUUGAAUGGCCCCUCAAGCGCACUGCAAAAUAACAGCGCUUCAUGUAGUUUCCCCUCAUAGCAGUAUCUGACUAAUACGAGAAGCUGAGCUGCAUGUGACAUCAAUUGACUCAUCUAGUUGUAGAGCAAAUGUCAUGCUUUUUUUUUUUUUUUGAUCAAUAAGCUGACGCUUUGUCUUUUGCCAUAAUAUAUAUAUCCGCUGGGCAACGGUGUUAUCAGACAGCGGGAUUUGUUUGAGCUGACUCGCUAUUUUCUCACCAUGCCUAUUGCUGCGAGGAGAUUGUCUCAUUAGUAUGUGGCUUUUUAGAUUUUGCAAUAUCAUGACACUUUCAUAGCAAGCAGCUUGGGCUUUGGUUGUAGUUUGUGGUCAAUACCUGCUUUUGGCCACGCAUAUCUUGCUCUUUGCGAUAGACAAAAUCCACCGGUUUAUCAGUGUUCUGUAAAUGUCUUCAGUUUCACUGGCUUCAAACUCAUUUUCUAGCACAUUAAACACGCAACGCAUUGUGGAUGUGGAUCCCCAUUGACCAUGAGACAUGAAACCAUACUGAAUGUAAUCACCUUUAUCUCUUUGCUGAAUUCGAGAGUGCCAGCUUAUCCUUGAGUGUCUUUCCCACUGGCACUAGGGUCUCUCCCGCCGGCAUCUCGCUCGGCCUAGGCUCAGCUCCCACCGGCCUCGCUCGGCCUAGGGUCAGUGUCAUUAUCAGAUGGCGGUUAAUCAGUUGUAGAUUCACCCUCAUUAAUGGUUGGAUUGUCUUUUAUUUUUCAAUCAGCCACCGGUCCAUAUUUUGCUAAACUGUGUCAGACUCUGAGAACAGUAGCUAUACUGAACAAAAUGAAACUGUGCAACAAUUUCAAAGAUUUUACUGAGUUACAAUUCAUAUGAGGAAAUCAGUCAAUUGAAAUAAAUUAAUUAGGCCCUAAUCUAUGGAUUUCACAUGACUGGGUAUACAGAUAUUAAUCUGGUCACAGAUACCUUUUUAAAAAAAUGGGCCUCAGGAUCGCAUCAUGGUACUUCUGUGCAUUCAAAUUGCCAUCAAUAAAAUGCAAUUGUGUUCGUUGUCCAUAGCUUAUGCCUGCCCAUACCAUAACCCCACCGCCACCAUGGGGCACUCUGUUCUCAACGUUGACAUCAGCAAACCGCUCGCCCACACGACACCAUACAUGUGGUCUGCGGUUGUGAGGCCGGUUGAACGUACUGCCAAAAUCUCUAAAACGACGGAGGCGGCUUAUGGUAGUAAAAUUAACAUUAAAUUAUCUGGCAACAGCUCUGGCAGACAUUCCUGCAGUCAGCAUGCCAAUUGCACGCUCCCUCUACUUGAGACAUCUGUGCCAUUGUUGUGAGACAACUGCACACUUUAGUGGCCUUUUAUUGUCCCCAGCACAAGGGGCACAUGUGUAACGAUCAUGCUGUUUAAUCAGCUUCUUUAUAUGCCACACCUGUCAUGUGGAUGGAUUAUCUUGGCAAAGGAGAAAUGCUCAUUAACAGGGAUGUAAAUGAAUUUGAGAGAAGCUUUUUGUGUGUAUGGAACAUUUCUGGGAUCUUUUAUUUCAGCUCAUGAAACAUGGGACCAACACUUUACAUGUUGCAUUUUUAUAUUUGUGUUCAGUGUAGUUAGAACAUUUGCGCCAAUUUGGGAAGGUGGUCGACAAGUUAAAAUAUUGACUCGGCCCACUACAUCGGCUUUGAAACUAUGCCGCCCCCUAGAGGCUUAAGGUAAAAUGACUAGUUUAAUUAAUUUUUAAAUGGCAUUUGUUAAUCUCCCCCCAAAGUUUGGGAACCACUGAUCUAAGGCAUGACUAUCAACCAAAUUUGGCAGGACAUUGCCCUCACUUUAAUAGCUGCUUAUAGGCCUACUUCACUGCUUUGGGCCAAAACUUUUUUAUUUGCAUUUCAGGAUAUCAACUUGAGGCAUUUUUAUGGCACAUUUGAAGUACUCUCAAGAGAUUCAAAGACUUUGGAGAUCCAGACAGCAACAGCAACGCGCUGUCUUUUCAGACGUGAUCAGCUUAUAAGUGAGUAUCCAUCCGUAACACGCAUGCUUUGUUUUUGUAUUGUCUUCUUCAAUGGACCUUUUGUCUUUCCAGUCUGUUCAACUGACGGGACCAUGACUGUGGUGACCAGUACAAAAACUACCUGGCCUGCAGUGACUCCAGCCAGUACUACCCUCUUGGACAGAACCUGUAAACCAAAAUUAUCGGACGACUCAAGAGUUCUGUUUGAGUUUGGCUUGAACACGUGCGGGACCACGGUUACGGUAUGAUCUCAUUUAGAAUAUAAGCUUGGAGCCUGUGGAAUUUUGUUAGUUAUAGUGAAUUCAGUCUUUUUAGCAGAAUUUGAAAGGUCAGCCUAAUUGAUUUAAACAAUUUAUUAGGAGGGGAGAGGUGUUUCGAUUUUAACAUUAUCUAGGCCUAAAUGACAAUCCCAUAGAACAAUAAACGCUGUAUGAUAAUGCUAUAGGCUUGAUGGCGGGAAAAUUCAGUUAUGAGCUUUUGACUGACUUGAGCUACUCAUUAUAAAGUAACAGCAGUUUCCACUUGUCUUAUAGGUUGAAGACUCUUUUGUAGUGUAUGAAAACGAGAUCCUGUCUUAUAGGGAGCUCAUACCUGACAGCAAUUCUUUCAUCUCCAGGGAUUCUAAAUUCAGGUAAAGAUCAGUCAUAGUUAUUUGGGAACAUGAUCGAUCUUAGCAUUUCAAUGCUGUCACUUUCAUUAUACAAUGCCCUGAUCUGAAGAUGGUAACUUGAUUAUUUGUGCAAUAAGCUACUUAAGAAUACAGUAGGUGACCUAGGUGUGAAUAAUCAGAUCAUGUCAAAUUCAUGUAGUCCCAAAUGUCAUUAAUAAACGUUAAAAUGUAUGCGCACAUGACUGUAAGUCGCUUUGGAUAAAAGCGUCCGCUAAAUGGCAUAUUAUUAUAAAUCUGAUCAAGAAAUGUGGAUUAACUGUGAUUGCAUAUGGCACAUCUCUAAUUACUUUUCCUUCUUUACAGACUCACAGUGCAAUGCUUCUACCCACUCCACUCAGUCAGUAGGCUAUUUGUGGACAUGAUUUUCGAAUCUGAAAUGCCUGGGUUUGGCUCAAUCAAAUUCACAGGGAGCACCAAAGGUAAGAUUGGUUUACACAACUACAUGUAG